GUCCAGGGGCAACCGGAGGCUGCCCCACUCCAUCGACCAUCCAGAAGCCAGACUAUGUGCCGUGUCAAUCUCUUUUAUUCCCUGCGCCUUCUCGCUUAUCUUGUGCGUCUCUGACCUCGUGGUUGUCUUCUUGUUCAUACCCGGCGAAACCGGAGCGACGCAGAAAAACCAGGGGCACCGGUGCUCCCUUGUUUCUGUCCCAAGCUUUGGAGGGCUUUGGAAAACCAGAAGUGAGAAGCCUGUAAAAUCGGCAUUUCCUGACGAGCGUGGCUGGUGAGAAAUGCCGGAUGCACCGCGAAGGAGUGCUCGUCCAUCGCUUGGCCCCCAACAUCCCUGCUCGGAUUUCUGCAGCGUCUCUCCAAUUGUGCAGGAUCUCGGCCGUUCUACACGUGGGCGUUCAUGGAAAAGCCCUUGGGAUGGAGAUUAGAGUUUGUUAAUUGUGUUGCUGUUUCACAGCCUGUACUAUUACUUAAACAUAAUACUACUACGCCCUCGCUGGUUUUUUUUUUCCGAUUUUUUUCUUGCUCGCUGCCCUUCUCCCCAGCUGGACCCCGACCUGGAGAAGCCAUAGGCAAAGGACACAGACACUGGCACCGACCAUGUCCUCUUCCUCGUCCUCGUCCUCGUCCAUUGAGACGCUCCAGCCGCAGCUGGUGGCUCUCAACUUUGCCUUCCCCGCUCUGGCGACGAUCGCGGUACUGCUCCGGAUCUACAUUCGAGUGUGGACUCGCACUUUUGCUCUCGAUGACUGGUUGAUGUGUUUUGCGGGGACAUUAUACUGGGCAGAGACGGCCACGGCGUACAAAGUCAUCAAAUACAACUGGAUGGGCUACCAUGUGUGGGACAUCCCUGCCCCCAAUCCGAACGGUACUCUGGCCUGGAAAUACUCGUACGCGACCGAGAUCCUCUAUAACCCGAUCCUCUCCGUCGUCAAGUUCUCCAUCCUGUUCUUUCUCCUCCGAUUGACCGGCCAGAAGAUCGCCGUGAAGCGAGCAAUCUGGGUGAUUAUGGGACUCAACACGAUCGUCAUGGUCACAACGCUCUUUCUCACCGUCUUUCGAUGCGUCCCCAUUGCCUCGCACUGGAAUCCCCUCGCCUACCCCAACGCCAAAUGCUUAAUCUUCGCCGAUUUUGUCACUGGCACCGCCUGUGCAACUCUCUUCACCGAUGUCCUUGUUCUGAUUCUUCCGACGUGGAUUGUGUAUAACCUUCGAAUGGCGCAAAAGCAGAAGCUCAUGCUUAUCGGAAUCCUGUCGCUCGGUCUCGUGGGUAUCAUUGCUGGUGUCGUGCGAAUUAUUCUUCUUGACAUCUACGAUCGGAAACUGGCUGCAGGCAAACUGUACGACUACAACUACAACGUCUACUUCUCGCUGUCCACCAUCGAAAUCGGCCUCGUCAUCGUGGCCGCCUGUGCUCCUUCCUUCAAACCCCUCGUCGCCAAGAUCCUGCCCAAGUUCUUCAGCUCCCGCGACCGUAAUGGACCCUCGUACAGCUAUAAUAGAGGCGCCAGUGGCCGCAUGUAUGACCUGGACAACCUGUCUCGCGGGCGUCGUACCCACGGCGAGGGCAACCACACCCAGGUCCAAACCACAAAUGAUGACCGAGAUAGUACCGGGUUGGCCGCGGCCAAAGCUGGGAUUAUGUUAACCACGGAGACCGAGGUGAAAUGGCAGGAAGACGAUAUCCGACAGGCCAGUGGCCGGGGGAGCAGCACGGAGAGUCUGGUUCAGCCAAGGAAGUGAACGUUACCGUAGUGCUGAUAGAAUCAUGCCUUUGCAAUAUAAACAUCCUAUACUGGAU